CUGAACUGCUUAACAAUUCAUUUCCUGGUAGACCAGGAGAAAUUUACAAUUGGAUUUUUUCUUACCAUGGCUUGGUUUCCCAAAUUGCUUAAAAGCACUUUUAUUCUCAGAAAAUGCCCAAAGUACAGGGUUGCCUGGUCUUGUAUUCGCUUUGCAGACUCUUGUUCGGGUAGUCCCCCGAAUCCAGUAUCUGCUGCUGGGAAAGCCUCCCGGCUGGGAACAACUCAAAGGGACUUGCAAGGACAUCAGCAGAAAGAAACUGGUGUGAGUGUGCCUUCUCCUGAGGAAACACCCCAAGUUAGCUUUGAUCAAGCCAUUGCAGAGGAAGUCAAGGACCAUCUUAGGCAUUUGAAGGAUGAAAUUGUGAGCCAUUGGACAGGACCGGAAGGCCGGCCGCUGCAUGAAGUCUUGAUAGAACAAGCCAAGGUCAUCUGGCAGUUCCGUGGAAAAGAAGAUUUGGCUAAGUGGACAGUGACUUCUGAUAAGACGAUAGGAGGCAGAAGUGAAGUGUUCUUGAAGAUGGGCAAGAAUAACCAGAGUGCUCUGCUCUAUGGCACGCUGAACUCCCAGGCUCCUCAGGAUGGCGAGAGUAGCCGUGGCGGCUACUGUGCCAUGAUGUCCAAGGUGCCCAGGGGCUUCUUGGAGAGGAAGAAAUUCUAUGAUUGGUCCCAGUUUAACACCCUGUAUCUCCGAGUCCGUGGGGAUGGCCGGCCUUGGAUGGUGAAUAUCCAGCAGGAUACGGAUUUAGUGCAGAGGAGCAAUCAGAUGUACAGUUACUUCAUGUUCACGCGUGGGGGACCCUACUGGCAGGACGUCAAGAUUCCAUUUUCCAAAUUUUUCUUCUCAAACCAAGGGAGAGUACGGGAUGUGCAGCACCAACUGCUUCUUGACAAGAUCUCUUCUAUCGGAUUCACCCUGGCUGACAAAGUGGAUGGUCCAUUCUUCCUGGAAAUUGAUUUUAUUGGAGUGUUUACUGAUCCAGCUCACACAGAAGAAUUUGCCUAUGAAAAUUCUCCAGAGCUUAACCCAAGACUUUUUAAAUAGAGUAUCGUGUGCCAGUUUAGUGUUUGCUAAACUAAGCCUGUAGCCAUCAACAGUGAUAAAGAGAAAGAUAAAUUAUUUCUUGAAAGGCA